CGACUUUUUAACUCACAGAUAAGACUAAUUCUUACAUGAAGGGACAAAAAUACCCUCCGUCCCCAACUCUAUCGACGCUCUCUCUGCAAAACAAAAAAAAAAGCAACACUUCGGUAGCUCAUCACAACGAACCCCAAAUUUGGACCAUCCAAACUCCGUCGUCGGACCUUAGCCGAACCCGGUCAAAUCGAUCUUCCCCGGCAGCCGGAUCAACGAUUAACCUCUCUCUUGGCAGCAGAUGCUGAGACAUCAUCGCCUAUUUCAUCGGUCUUUAUCUGCCGGGCCUUGUUUUUUCAGAUCUGGAACCAACUUCACAGGAGAUGACCUCCGGAAGACAGUCUAGGGGGUCUCUCGGCGAACUUGAGCGGAAUCGCCACCGAGGAGAAAGAGCUGGAUGUGGACACGGUGGUUUUGGCGAAGCACUUUUGACACAUGUUGUUUGUGGAAGGAUUGCCGGCGUGAUGGUCUCUUUCACAACCAUGAACUCCGUCUCCUCCGGCUCCUUAUCCAUCUUCUGUACCAUUCUACGUCGUGCUGGUCUAAUAUUGGUGUUGCUUUGUUUGCUUAUUGAAGUGCUGAUAGUUUCAAUCCCUCUCCAAUUUCUUUUUUUAUUUUAUCCAAUAGAACACCAGUAACUGCCCAAAUUUCUUUUUCAUUAUUU